AUGAGCGACCUGGACUCGGAGGUGCUGCCCCUGCCGCCGCGGUACCGCUUCCGGGACCUGCUGCUGGGCGAGCAGCCGCCGCACGGCGACGACAGGGUCCAGGUGGAGUUCUAUGUCAACGAGAACACCUUCAAGGAGCGGCUCAAGCUGUUCUUCAUCAAAAACCAAAGAUCCAGCCUGAGGAUCCGGCUGUUCAACUUCUCCCUCAAGCUGCUCACCUGCCUGCUGUACAUCGUGCGCGUGCUGCUGGACGACCCGGCGCUGGGCAUCGGAUGGGCCCCCAUCCUGUGGGUGGAGAGGAAGAUGCCUCUGUGGGUGAUCCAGGUGGUCGUGGCCAUCAUCAGCUUCCUGGAGACCAUGCUGCUCAUCUACCUCAGCUACAAAGGCAACAUCUGCGAGCAGAUCUUCAGGGUGUCGUUUGUCCUGGAGAUGAUCAACACCCUGCCCUUCAUCGUCACGAUCUUCUGGCCGCCACUGCGCAACCUGUUCAUCCCGGUGUUCCUGAACUGCUGGCUGGCCAAGCACGCCCUGGAGAACAUGAUCAACGACUUCCACCGGGCCAUCCUGCGGACACAGUCGGCCAUGUCCAACCAGGUCCUCAUCCUCUUCUGCACGCUGCUGUGCCUGCUGUUCACGGGCACCUGCGGGAUCCAGCACCUGGAGCGUGCCGGCGAGAACCUGUCCCUGCUCACCUCCUUCUACUUCUGCAUCGUCACCUUCUCCACCGUCGGCUACGGCGACGUGACGCCCAAGAUCUGGCCGUCCCAGCUCCUGGUGGUCAUCAUGAUCUGUGUGGCCCUCGUGGUGCUCCCGCUGCAGUUCGAGGAGCUGGUCUACCUCUGGAUGGAGCGGCAGAAGUCGGGCGGCAACUACAGCCGCCACCGGGCGCAGACGGAGAGGCACGUGGUGCUGUGCGUGAGCUCCCUCAAGAUCGACCUGCUCAUGGACUUCCUGAACGAGUUCUACGCGCACCCCCGGCUGCAGGACUAUUACGUGGUCAUCCUGUGCCCCACCGAGAUGGACGUCCAGGUGCGCCGGGUCCUGCAGAUCCCCCUGUGGUCCCAGCGGGUCAUCUACCUCCAGGGCUCCGCCCUCAAGGACCAGGACCUCAUGCGAGCCAAGAUGGACAACGGGGAGGCCUGCUUUAUCCUCAGCAGCCGGAACGAAGUGGACCGCACAGCCGCGGACCACCAGACCAUCCUUCGGGCCUGGGCUGUAAAGGAUUUUGCCCCCAACUGCCCACUGUACGUCCAGAUCCUCAAGCCGGAGAACAAGUUCCACGUCAAGUUCGCAGACCACGUGGUGUGUGAGGAGGAGUGCAAGUUCGCCAUGCUGGCCCUCAACUGUAUCUGCCCGGCCACCUCCACCCUCAUCACCCUGCUGGUGCACACGUCUCGCGGCCAGGAAGGGCAGGACUCCCCGGAGCAGUGGCAGCGCAUGUACGGGCGCUGCUCGGGCAACGAGGUCUACCACAUCCGCAUGGGCGACAGCAAGUUCUUCCGCGAGUACGAGGGCAAGAGCUUCACCUACGCCGCCUUCCACGCCCACAAGAAGUACGGCGUGUGCCUCAUCGGGCUGAAGCGGGAGCAGCACAAGAGCGUGCUGCUGAACCCGGGGCCCCGGCACACGCUGGCCGCGUCGGACACCUGCUUCUACAUCAACAUCACCAAGGAGGAGAACUCGGCCUUCAUCUUCACCGAGGAGGAGCGGCACGAGCGCAGGGGCGGGGCGGGGCGGGGCCUCUACGAGGGGCCCUCCCGCCUGCCCCUGCACAGCAUCCUGGCCUCCAUGGGGACGGUGGCCAUGGACCUGCAGAACGCCGAGUGCCGGCCUGCGCAGGGCGGAGGGGCCGGCGGGGGCGCCACGCUGGCGCUGCCCGCGGAGAACGGCUCGGGCAGCCGGCGGCCCAGCAUCGCGCCCGUGCUGGAGCUGGCGGACGGCUCGGCCCUGCUGCCCUGCGACCUGCUGAGUGACCAGUCGGAGGACGAGGUGGCGCCCUCGGACGACGAGGGCCUCUCCGUGGUGGAGUACGUGAAGGGCUACCCCCCCAACUCGCCCUACAUCGGCAGCUCCCCCACGCUCUGCCACCUCCUGCCCGUCAAAGCCCCCUUCUGCUGCCUGCGGCUGGACAAGGGCUGCAAGCACAACAGCUUUGAAGACGCCAAGGCCUACGGCUUCAAGAACAAGCUGAUCAUCGUCUCGGCGGAGACGGCCGGCAACGGGCUGUACAACUUCAUCGUGCCGCUGCGCGCCUACUACCGGCCGCGCAGGGAGCUCAACCCCAUCGUCCUGCUGCUGGACAACAGGCCUGACCACCACUUCCUGGAGGCCAUCUGCUGCUUCCCCAUGGUCUACUACAUGGAGGGCUCCAUGGACAACCUGGACAGCCUGCUGCAGUGCGGCAUCAUCUACGCCGACAACCUGGUGGUGGUGGACAAGGAGAGCACCAUGAGUGCCGAGGAGGACUACAUGGCCGACGCCAAGACCAUCGUCAACGUGCAGACCAUGUUCCGGCUCUUCCCCAGCCUCAGCAUCACCACGGAGCUCACGCACCCCUCCAACAUGCGCUUCAUGCAGUUCCGGGCCAAGGACAGCUACUCUCUGGCUCUGUCCAAACUGGAGAAGCGGGAGCGAGAGAAUGGCUCCAACCUGGCCUUCAUGUUCCGCCUGCCCUUCGCCGCCGGCCGCGUGUUCAGCAUCAGCAUGUUGGACACUCUGCUCUACCAGUCCUUCGUCAAAGACUACAUGAUCACCAUCACCAGGCUGCUGCUGGGCCUGGACACCACGCCGGGCUCCGGCUACCUGUGCGCCAUGAAGAUCGGGGAGGCCGACCUGUGGAUCCGCACCUACGGCCGGCUCUUCCAGAAGCUCUGCUCCUCCAGUGCCGAGAUCCCCAUCGGCAUCUACAGGACCGAGAGCCACGUCUUCUCCUCCGAGUCCCAGAUCUCGGUGAACAUGGAGGACUGUGAGGACGUGCGGGAAGCCCAGGGGCCCUGGGGGGCACGGGCGGGCCCCGGUGGCGGUGGCAGCACCCACGGCCGCCACGCAGGCGGCGGGGACCCGGCAGAGCACCCGCUGCUGCGACGCAAGAGCCUGUCCUGGGCCCGGAAGCUGAGCCGCAAGGGCUCCCAGCAGGCGGCCAAGGCGCCGGCGGCCGCCGAGUACAUCAGCCAACAGCGGCUCAGCCUGUGCCGGCGCUCGGAGCGCCAGGAGCUCUCGGAGCUGGUCAAGAACCGCAUGAAGCACCUGGGGCUGCCCACCACGGGCUACGGCGAGAUGAAUGACCACCAGAACACGCUGUCCUACGUCCUCAUCAACCCCCCGCCCGACACCCGGCUGAAGCCCAACGACAUCGUGUAUCUCAUCCGCCCGGACCCCCUGGCCCACGUGGCCGGCAGCUCCCCGAGCCACAGGCUGUCCUGCAACCCCGAGACUCGCGACGAGACGCAGCUCUGA